AUGCAGAAACUGUGUCGUGGACAAGAUGGCGACACGUUUGGUCUCUCGCCUGACAAAUGGGCAUACAAUCGUAUUGAGAUUAAUAGAGAGGGUAACUACCUCUACUGCCCUCUUCUCAAAGCUGGUUCCACCUUUUUCAGACGUAUGUUCUACUCUUUGAAAGAAUAUCGCUACGCGAGGAACCCAUACACUAUCCCCAUAGAAAAGGCUCUGGGUGCCAACAGACAUGUCCUGGAAGACAUCAUGCCUUUUAAACCCUUCUCCAGACUCCUCUCAGGGUACGUGGACAAGCUGUUUGCCCCAAACCCGUACUUUUGGUCUUUGGUUGGCAAACAUAUCAUCGCCAACUUCAGGACCGUCACAACGCCUAAAUCCCGAAAGUGUGGACAUGAUGUGACUUUUGAAGAGUUCCUCCGCUACGUGGUUAACGGCGAAGCCACCAAUUCUAGCCAUCGCGACGCCCAUUUCACACCCAGCUAUGACCAAUGCAAGCCUUGUUAUCUCAACUACACCAUCCUGGGCAAAAUGGAGACCUUUGCUGCUGAUGUCGCUUACACUCUGUCCCAUCUUGGACAAAACAUCAGCAAAGAAGAACUGUCUGCCUGGGCCACAAAUUCCACAUUCGAUGCUAUAAUGGACUCAGCCAUCAGCCCAUUCCGAUGGAAAACUGCAAUAAGAAAGUGUAUGACGUGGCACGAGGCACUUGUGAGGGUCUGGCGGAAGUUACAAAUUCGAGGAAUAAUUCUGUUCGAGCACAAGUUCCCAUGGUCACCAGAAUACACUGAAAAGUAUAUUACUUUACAGAAAUUUACAGAUAUGGUUAAACAUUUGCACUUAAAUUCGGAAAAAGAACAAUUUCAUAAUCAAAAGUUUGCAGUUUUAGCAGAAGCUUACAGUAACAUUCCAGCGGAAGACCUUCAGAAGUUUGUAGACGUCUUCUUCUUUGACUUCCAGCUGUUUCAGUAUAACCCAUAUCCCAGUUACGUAUUUGAUGUGAACGUUGCCAGGCAGUUUAAAAACAGACAUAGGAUAUUUCAUGUCACUAGUGUCUGA